AUGGUGAUCGUUGAGGAUUCCGGCGACUGGGACACCGAGAGAAAGACAGAUCCCAGAGAUAUGCUGUUUGGGCGCGUGUUCGGAGGGCUUCCGAACGGCCGCCUAGGACGGCGGUCGAUCAAGGCGGGGGGAUCGGCGGGGAACUCUGUUCUACGGGUCGACCCCGUGACAGAGCCAUCCACUCCGUCUUCCUCUUCGGCGGACCUCACAUCCUUCAACACUUUCCCCCGGAGUGAAGGGUGGAGCGCCGCCAGCCGUGGUCAAGAGGCGGCGGCAUGGCCCGGUCAGUCGCACCGGCAGCGUUCUUUUUCCGGCCGCAGUCAACGACCUCGUGAGCAGCAGGUCAACCUGGCGGAUUCCGCGGCGUGGCUGUUCAUCGUCGGCCCCGUGCUGGGAGAGGGAACGGGGGUACUAGGUGGUGGUGCUGUUGCCGCGGCAGUCUUGGACGCGCCCGUCCCGGUCUCCGCUUCCGUCGACAAUACGGCCGGCGGCCGCGGCGGCCGCGGCGGCCGCGGCGGCGGCGCUAAAGAUGCCCCUGCCUCGAGAACGACGAAUGGCUUCGUCUCGUGGUUCCGGUCUCCCCGAUCGCCGAGCCCGGGGACAGGGCGGAUGUGCCGGGCGAUGAGGGCGGUGUCGGCGACCUUGUCGUCGUUGGUGUGUCCGUGCUUCGAGAGGAUGUAUGACUACGACAACGACGACGAUGGCCAGAGCGAUACUUGCAGAGAAAGGGAGUAG